UUGGCGAAGCCCGCUAUGCAGAAAUUAUCCCAUCUUUCCGAUAUCGUUGAUGUCCCUGGCAUACUCUACUAACUAAAGUGAGUCCUUAUAUUUCCAUUUCUCCAUAUAAUCAAUAGAGCCCCACCCUAACACCAGAACCCCUGAACCUCAGACCAUAAAAUUCAUAAUUUUGGUAGAGGCACUCUUGCUCAUCAUAACUAUGCACAAAGUUAAUAUCCAGGAGCAGAAAAGAAGAUUUUCAAAGAAAUAAUGCAUUUUCACUAUAUAAGCAAAAAAGCCCCACCCUAACACCAGAACUCCUGACCCUAGGGCCAUCAAAUCUAUAAUUUUGGUAGAGGCAUUCUCUUGCUCAUCAUAACUAUAUACUCCAUUGGUUUAUUUAAUACCUAGGAGCAGAGAUUUUCAAAGAAUUAAUGCAUUUUCCCUAUAUAAUCAAUAGAGCCCCAACCUAAAAUCAAAACCCCUGAUCCCGGGGCCAAAACAUCAAGUUGUGAUGCACGUCAACCGACGAAAAUGGAUAGCAAUAGGUCACCUGAGUGACUCUCAUCAAUAUGUACAUGUAACAGCAUAUGAAGUUUGAUGAAAAUAUUUAAAUACUUUCUUUGAAUCUCAGCUUUGAGCUGAGCUAACUGCAAAGUGUGACGGAAGGACAGAAGAUGGACAUAACAAACACUAUCUGCCCUGGUCAUAUUCAUGACGGGACAUAAAAAUUAUUCUUAGCAAUCCACAAUUUGAUACCUAUCCUAUUAUUCUACACUUUUGCUUAAGGACAAAACUAAUUCCAUAGCAGGAACUAUUUUAAGCCAAAGUUCAAGUGUUAUUAAUCUCAAGUCUGUAAAAGCAACAGGAGUCCAUAAUACAUGCAGGAAACGAAAUUGAUAACUGGAGUUAUAUUGGGUAAGUAGGAAAUUUAACAUUUUGACAGAAUUUGAUUCAGUAAGAAAUUUCCAUAUUUCCUAUGCAGAGUUAUAACUGAGAUAUGUACAAUAUUAUAUUCAUUUGUCAAAUUAGAAUCGUAGAUGUCUGAGCUUGACCCCCCAAUACCUAUCCAGAGGAAGCUCCUUGAGGUAAAAUCUGUGACUUCACACUAGCUUACACAUUCACAGAAAGGAAUAUACGCCACUGAAAAUGGACUCCAUUAGAAGCUCACAAAUAACUGAAGGCAUACAACACAUAUCAGAGUCGGUGUUUGUGGGACUGUGUCGUAAAGUGGGGACCUCACAACUGGUGGCCAUGAGGAGAGAUGUGGUGGACAUCUGGGAGAUGGUGAAAAAUCAAGUGACAACAAGUGAUGAGGACAGUACGAUGGUGAGUGGAAGUUAUGGAGAAGGACUAAGACUGGAAGGAUCAGAUGUAGACUUUAUGUACUGGCCAAAUAAUGUCCGUGUGAUCUGGGAAUCAUCUCAGUCUCAGUAUAACAACACACACAGACUAACACUAAUCCUCUGUGACUGUUCUGAUAGUCCACCAGGAUUUACUUUGUUAUAUUUACUGUCACCAAGAACGAACAGAUUCAUCCAUAGAGUGUGUGUUAGAAUGAAUAACAGAUAUUACGUAUCUAGUUCUAAAUACAGACAGAUCACUUUAUUAUCACCUCAUAACCUUACUCCACAUGGACCCUGUGUCAGUGGAACAUUUAUAACAGUGGAAUAUGAUCAUGCCCACUGUUUUGUUAGUGACUUUUGGCCUCCCUCUGCCUCCUCAUGGAUAGACAGAUGUCACUCAUGGCCCCAUCCUCAUGUUGUUGAUGAUAUAGUAAAAAAUGGAUGCCACUUUGUAGCAAUUGGACAUAAGCUAGGAAAUUAUGAAGAUCAUGAAUGGAGAAUUUCUUUCUCCCAAGCAGAACAAAAACUUGUCUCUGUAAUGAAUCACUGUCAGUUCUUAACUUACGGCUUACUUAAAUUGUUCUUAUCAGAAAUAAUUAACAAUGGAGUAGGUGAUGAUGAUAAAUUACUGUGUUCCUAUCACAUGAAGACGGCAGUUUUCUGGGUGAUUCAACAAAAUACAAUACCUCAUUGGUGUCCACAAAAUCUCCUGGAGGGUUUCUGGGUCUGUUUUAAACUCAUCCUCAAAUGGGUGUAUGAGGGGGUCUGUCCUAACUUUUUCAUUCCAGGCAACAACAUGUUUCUGAGUAAAAUUCAUGGCAUCAAACAACAUCAAUUAUAUAGAAGACUGUCAGAGUUGUAUGAAAAGGGUUUAGCAUUCCUGCUACAUAGUCCCUCCAUUAGAUCUUGUAUUAUAGAUGUCCUCUAUAACCCCAGAAACUCCAUCUGUACAGAUGAUCAUACUCUGAUUUCUGAGGAUGGGUUUGAUAGAAAUCUAUUUGUUGAAAUAACAUAUCCUUGCGUAAUACCAGGCAAAUUUAACAUACAAAGCUGCAUUAGGUAUUUACAAACAAUAGAACAGAUUAAAAGUUCACCCCUCCUGACACAGUAUCAAGUCAUUAUGCUACAGAACAUGACUGCUAGGAUCCUUCAGUACACUGCUUUUAUAUUACACAUGGAAACUUACACACCUGACAACAAACUGAGUUAUAGAGCUGACAAAAUCUCCUGUCACAUGCUGAAAUUAACAGCCCAGUUUGGUUUUAUUACUGACAUGAUGUUCUUAGCCAUGUAUUAUUACAAGACACUUAGAUACACGGAAGCUUUAUCUAUUAUACAGAUGAUCAAGGUCAAGCUAUUACAGCCAUAUGUGAUGUAUACGGGUAGUGUAGAUAGAGAGAUGUAUACUGAGGCUGUAGGGGGACAGUCCUGGUCUACAAAGAUGAGACAGGCUGUAGCAUGGGAUAUCACACUUGACAGUAGAUUCCAUUACAUCAGUGAACUGAUACCAGAACAACAGUCUGCUCUACAGAACCACUGGUCUUUAUUAUUUGUACCACCCUUUAUCCUGUUAUACAUGCUUGAGAUUUUGUGCUACAGACAUGUAGACACAAUGCGAGCACAAACAGCUCUAGAUGAUCUACAGACCCUAGUUCACUAUGAUCAGGGACAGUAUAUACCUUUACGUCACAGACACAGCUCGUAUGUACGGCUUAUAGAAUUAAAAUACAGAGACAUAUCGUGGCAGAUUCUUGGGAUCUGUCAACAGGUGACAGGGAACCUCCAGGCUGCUCUAUACUCAUACCAACAAUCUCUCAGACAAGAGCCAUUCAACCACAUACAAACAGCUACAGAAAUGAGAAUACAGAGAGUUUGUCAAUGGAUUCCCUUAAUUAAUUAAAUGUCAGAUGAUAUUUGUAGGAGUUCACCUGAUAGAGAUUUAUCAUUUACAUAUCCUCUUCUGAUUUCAUAUUUUCUUUUCUGUCUGUUUUAUUACAUGUAUUACAAAGCAAAUAACUAGUCUAUUAAAAUACAAGAGGCCCAUGGGCCACAUCGCUCACCUGAGCACCAAGGGUAGGACUAGUAUAAAAUGGCUUUUUAUUGUAAAGUUUAAAUCCAAAAGUAGUCCCAUGACCAAUCAUGGAUUUGCUAUUUUUUAGAAAAUGAUUGAGAAGAAGAUUUUUAAAGAAUUUUCCUAUAUAUUUCUAUGUAAAACUUUGGUCGGCCAUUUUGCCCCCCCCCCUACCCCCAGGGGUCAUGAUUUGAACAAAAUUGAAUCUACACUACCUGAACAUGCUUCCAUAUAAAUAUGAUGAAUUAUGGCUUUGUCAUUCUUGAGAAGAAGAUUUUUAAAGAAUUUUCCUAUAUAUAUCUCUAUGUAAAACCUUGGUCGGCCAUUUUGGCCCCGCCCUACCCCCGGGGGUCAUGAUUUGAACAAACUUGAAUCUAAACUACCUGAGCAUGCUUCCAUAUAAAUAUGAUGAAUUAUGGCUUUGUCAUUCUUGAGAAGAAGAUUUUUAAGGAAUUUUCCUAUAUAUUUCUAUGUAAAACAUUGGUCGGCCAUUUUGGCCCCGCCCUACCCCCCGGGGUCAUGAUUUGAACAAACAUGAA